AUGUCUACACAAAAUAUUUUGCUUGCUUCGGCUAUCCUUGUGAGUUUUAUCUGUUCAUGGACAACAGUUCCUGUUGUUGGAUUAUCACCAAAUAAGAAAGAUGAUUCGACAAAUAAUCAAUCGACGACUACUAGCAUUAACUUCUCAAAUAAACAUGAUGGUAAAUACUUGAAUUAUGUUCGCCUUUUGGAUGGUCAAUGUUUCAAUUGCUCAACAUAUAAAUGUACAACUCAUAAAGCAAAUAUGGGUGGUUCAGAAUGGUGUAUUAUGUUAUUUCCCGACGCUCUUGCUCAUUGCGAUUCAGAUGCCGAUUGUGGUGGAUAUACAAUGACAACAGCUCGUUGGUUUCAUGAGCAAUAUGAUAAAAAUGGUCAAGUUGCUGUUCAUUUAACUAAAGCUGGAGAAAAAACAUUCAAUUGUUCGUUCACCGAAUGGAGCAGCUAUGAAAAACAGAAUACAAUUCGUGACACACCUGUUGUAUAUGGCAAAACGACUUGUCCAGCUGCAAAUAAUUUUAAUUAUGUUUUUGAUAGUACAUCAACUGGUAAGAAUGAUGAUCAAGUUUAUUCAUGUCAAAACCAUCCUCAAAAUCAAGAUGACACAAAUGUUAAUUGCAUUUUAUUAAUGAGCGAAGGCAUAACACAUUGUAACUCAGAUGAUCAAUGUCAAGGAUUUGCAAUCAAUACGGAUCCAGACUGGCAAAAGAAAUACUCCAAGAAUGGUAUGCAAGCUGUGCAAUUGUUUGGACAAGGUGCAAUAUCUGCAUCAAAUGAAAUGUGGCGUAUUUUUAAAAAACAAGUUUAA